AUGCACAACGUGAUGAAAUCUUUCCGCGAGGCCCUCGCAAACGCCAGUAACAUCCUGAUCCUCACCGGCAGCGGGAUCUCUGCCGAAUCCGGCGUACCGACUUUCCGAGGUGCUGGUGGUUUUUGGCGUAAAUACCAGGCACCGAGUCUCGCGACGCCGGAGGCCUUCACGGCGAAUCCUUCAUUAGUCUGGGAGUUCUAUGAAUAUCGUAGGCAGUUAGCGAGCAAAGUCAAACCAAAUAAAGCACACGAAGCUGUGGCAGAUUUCCAGAAGCGCAAGAUAGCGGAGGGUAAAAGGGUGUCGAUCGUCACGCAAAACAUAGAUAAUCUGCAUCAAAAAGCCGGGGCGACAGAUGUACUGGAAUUACAUGGUUCACUUUAUAGAACACGCUGCACAAAGUGCCGCAACGUUGCUGUUAACGAAAACAUUCCCAUCUGCCCGGCACUAGCAGAAAAAGGAUCUCCUGAUCCGAACAUUAUGUCUUCUGAUAUUCCAAUAGAAGAAUUACCACAUUGCGAAAUCAAAGAUUGUGGAGCGUUACUGCGACCUGACAUUAUAUGGUUCGGAGAACAGCUGGAUGCAAACGUGUUGGAGAAAGCCUAUGACAUUGUGGAAACGUGUGAUGCUUGUCUGGUUAUUGGAACCUCUGCAAUCGUAUAUCCAGCCGCUAUGUUUGCACCGCAAGUCGCGCAACGUAAUGUACCGGUUGCAGAGUUUAAUAUAGAGGAAACGCCAGCCACAAAACAAUUGCAGUGAGUAUAGAAAUUUUUUCUUUGUUAAUAAAAAAUGUCUUUUAUAAUUUAAAAAUUUAAGGAAGUUCUC